UCUCUCUCUCUCUCUCUGACAGUUUUACUGCGUGAGCCGACAAUAGUUCGAGUUUUCACAUGUCGCAUGAAACGCUCUAGGGGCUGUCCACGUAGCAGUGCCACCGUUGCUUUAUCAAAUGUUUCUCUGCACAUGAUGGCCAGGUUUGGAAAUGACGUGGACGGGUUUUGAUUUUUCAAUGCUGAAAGUUCUUUCCAAGAAAAGAAGAUAAACAUCAAUUUGAUAUGUCAUUCAGACGAUGCACAGUUCUAUCAAACCAAGGUUUCACAUGGCUGAUGUUAAUUCUUCUGUUCGUCGCUUUAAAACGCAUGAUACAACAGCCAGGGCAGUCCACAGAACGAAUUCACUCACAUCAACUAGCCUCUAACGACAACCCAAGCUACGACAUUGCAGUCUUUCGAGAGAUAGGUUCACGUGAGGCGAAUCACCUGGACCUAACUGACCCUGGGCUCUUGGGGUACGUGAGGCGGAAGUGGCUCUAUGCCCCGCCCCCAGGACGCCUUGGAGAGUUAAACCUGACCGACACAAGUAAAAUACACUACUCCCAGUGGGGACAGUCACAGAUAGUUGAUGCUAUAUUACGUGGACGCCGGGGUGGGUUUUACGUGGAAUGUGGAGCUUGGGAUGGAGAGACGAACAGUAACUCUUUGUUUUUUGAAAAAUCUCGGAAUUGGACUGGGCUUUUGGUGGAGCCAGACCCCCUCAAUUUUGAAAAACUAUCUAGAAAACAUAGGAAUGCCUAUCUAUCCCCAACUUGCAUAACUGCACGACCCACAAAAGUGGACUUUCAAUUUUCCAAGACUUCAGAUGCUGGCUCCAUUAAUCCUCUUACAAAGAAAAAAGUUAUUGGGAAAAACAGAAUGCUCUGUCUUCCCAUCGCAUCUCUCUUGUUGUCAAUAGGCCAGACCCACGUGGACUACUUCUCGCUAGACGUGGAAAGCAUUGAGCUCGAGAUUUUACGAGAAUUUCCGUGGGACAAAAUCACUGUGGAUGUGUGGACCAUUGAGGUGCAUAGAUAUUUGCCGAACUAUGAUGCGACUAUGAACGAAAUAAAACAAAUAUUCAAUCGUACUGGGUUGUAUGGAAAGGGAAAAGAAAUAGUUAUGGACAUCAUGUUUGUGCGGCGUGACGCGAAUACGGUCAAAGAGAUCAAGAGGUCAAAAUGACGUAGACGUGACAAAAAUUAUUACUCCACUCACAAAUAAAGGUGGAGAUCAAUGAUUUAAAACGUGCAAUCAUCAUGUAUCGUCUUUCAGCUUUGAAGAAUCCUCUACGAGAUUUUCGAGCCAAAUUAAAUUUCCCUGCUCGUGAAAAUUCGCUGGAUUCCAUGUUUUUUACCGUUCCUUAUUAGACAAAUCAGUUGUAAACGAAUCUGCCAGAUGUUUUUACAGAAAAAAUUAUCGACAUUUUUUUUAUCGUUUUAAAGGUCUGAAAUGAGAAAGACAUAAUGACGUAAAAAUAUAACUUGCAGAUAUUUGAAAACGCAUAUAUAAUACCUUUAAAUGCGUGCACCACAAUGUAGCUGCUUGUGGGUGAGGCGGCACGGGUAUCGCCACCGCAGGAGUUAAAUUGCCGACGUGCCUCAAUAUCAGUACUGGAUGAUGUACGUGUCAUAUCAUCCAUCUGUUUUUAAUUCCCAUUUAAAGGUUUUUUUUUUUUUUU